UUUCAAACCCUUGGUUAAAUAGCUUCCCUUCUAAUGGCUUUGCCCUGGAAGCAGCACGUCCCAACUCUAGCCUGAAGCAGCUCUCCCCAAGAUGAGAAAUGCUGCCCUCCUCAUGGCCAGAGCAACAAGCCUUCACCUCAGCCUGUUGCUUCUGCUUUCCUUCCUGCCAGACCUGGACCGAGGUGUGAGAGCCAAGGAACUGAGGUUUGUGACAUUGGUUUUUAGGCAUGGAGACCGAAGUCCUAUUGAAACCUUUCCUAAUGAUCCCAUUAAGGAAUCCUCAUGGCCACAGGGAUUUGGCCAACUCACUCAGUUGGGCAUGGCGCAGCAUUAUGAACUUGGAGAAUAUAUAAGGAAACGUUAUAAAAACUUUUUGAAUGAAUCUUAUAAACAUGAACAGGUUCAUGUUCGAAGCACAGAUAUUGACCGGACUUUGAUGAGUGCUAUGACAAACCUUGCAGCCCUAUUUCCCCCAGAAGGUAUCAGCAUCUGGAAUCCCAGCCUACCCUGGCAGCCCAUCCCAGUGCACACAGUCCCUGUUUCUGAAGAUCAGUUGCUAUAUCUACCUUUCAGGAACUGCCCUCGUUUUCAAGAACUUCAGAGUGAGACUUUGAUAUCAGAAGAAUUCCAGAAGAGGCUACAUCCUUAUAAGGAUUUUAUAGAAGUCUUGCCAAAACUUACAGGAUACCAUGACCAGGAUCUUUUUGGAAUUUGGAGUAAAGUCUACGACCCUUUAUUUUGCGAGGGUGUUCAUAAUUUCACUUUACCCUCCUGGGCAACAGAGGAUACCAUGACUAAGUUGAAAGAAAUAUCAGAAUUGUCCCUUCUGUCCCUCUAUGGAAUUCAUAAGCAGAAAGAAAAAUCUAGAUUGCAGGGGGGUGUCCUGAUCAAUGAAAUCCUCAAUCACAUGAAGAGUGCAACUCAGCCAUCAAACCGCAGAAAACUCAUUAUGUAUUCUGCACAUGACACUACUGUGAGUGGCCUGCAGAUGGCGCUAGAUGUUUACAACGGAAUCCUUCCUCCCUAUGCGUCCUGCCACAUGAUGGAAUUGUACUUCCAGGAGGGAGAAUACUUCGUAGAGAUGUACUAUCGGAAUGAGACGCGAUAUGAACCACAUCCCCUCACGCUACCUGGCUGCACCCCCAGCUGCCCUUUGACGAAGUUUGUUGAGCUGGUUGCCCCCGUUAUCUCCCAAGACUGGUCCAUGGAGUGUGCCAUAAGCAACCAUAAAGUUCUAAGGAUCAUCCUUGCCAUCAUCUUUUGCCUGGUGUCUGGUGUCCUGAUGGUGCUGCUGUUUAUCCUCAUCCGCCAUGGGCCCUGCUGGCAGAGAGACUCUUAUGGAAACCUAUGAACAGAUGGCUGAAUAAGGGCAGACAUGCCAGGCCAAACCCUGUGAUGCAGCAUUCAAAGGACAGUCUUCCACCUUGUGGGCAUUGUGCUGCCCUUUGAAUUUGCCUAGAGAAGGGUCUGAAUUCACAGCAACCCAGGGACAGCCACCGAUGCAUUGAUGAAUGAACACCCAGAUUACUUAGGUCUUCUCAUUGUUGUACUCAUCCUGGUAUAGGCUUCUCAUUCAGCUAGAAGGAAAUUCUGCAGCAGAUAAUUGUGUUCUCUGGCACCAAUGUCCAGAGGAAAAUAAGAAGUGAAACUCAA